AUGGACUCUCAGGACGGGAUUUCCGUCCGGCCUAUGAGGCUGAAGGUGCUCUACACAUUCGACGAUGCCAACAAGACAAAUUGUCUGGCCCGAUGGCCCCAUCUUCUCGACAUCCAGACUGCUGCCCUCGAUGAGAAGACCCAAAUUGGGGUCAUCGAAUUGAAGACCUGCAUUCAAGCCAUUGUUUCGGCAAGUCCGGAACUAGUUGCCAAACUUGGACAGGAUUACACGGUGUACGCCUACGACUACUCCGAAUAUGAGACGCCCCUCGUCGGACAAGGGAUGCUAUCAUGGGUAUUGGCUUCGUCUUCCCCGACUCCCGAUGCACCAGCACAUCAGUCGGAAACUAUGGUCACCGGUCGUGUCUGCAAGAAUGUUCUAGGGUUAUUUUCGAAAGGUGCACAGGAAACAUUGGAGGUCAAAUUGCGAUUAGUUCCUGUUCCCACGGUCAUGCAGAGCGAGUACCUGGACAGCAUGCAGAGAUAUCGCGAACUGAGCAAUGUCAUUCCCCACGACUUUGACGCACAGGCCUGGACGAAUUUCCUUCGCCAAAACCCCGGUCUGCUGGCCCAUCGUCCUCAACAGCCCGACCGGACGGCAUCGCCUGUGGACCAUGCCGGAAUUGAGCGGUUCCAUCGCCUACUGAGUGAAGGCUCAACGCCAAGGGAGCUGCCUUCGAUUGCCGCCAAUGGGUCUGUUCGCUCGGUGUCGCCCUCACAGUCUGUGCUUGGUCAUGGAAGCAGGAUGUCCACCCCUGGCUUCCAGCCAUCCGCGCAGCAGCAAGACCAAAUCCAGGAAAGAUCUCACAGCGAACUUAUUCGACCGACAUCGAGUGCUUCUAUGCGCGAGUCUGAUCUCCCUAUGCAUGCGAGAUAUGCCAGCCGCAGAGGAUCCAUGCAGUCCGGCUACGGUAGUGGUGAUGAAUCAUCGGAACAGCAACCUCGGAAAAGAGCCAAAUUGUAUCGUGCGGAUUGGCCUGGCAAGUCAGACUUGAACAUUGAAAGGCAACCGAGCUCCCUUCGUGUGGCCGCAAGCACUGCGGCGUCCGUGCGUAUCCAUCGCCCUACCCCCGUCAAUCCUUCAAUCGCUGCAGCUCAGAGCUCAAAUGAGGAGCCUGUUCGCCCGCCAACUCCGAUUUCUAAUGCAAAUGAACUGCCUCGCCGAGCACGCCCCCGGCCCAGCCUCUUGCGUGAGUCGUCAAUGCAGAGCACUCCUCAGUACACGUCACCAUACACUGCGGCCGAUGAUCAUCCAGGUGACCACAACACCCAGUCACCGGAGGAGUCUCGCUACCAAGGCAUCUUCGAGCCUUCAUUCAAUAUGCCUUCUUCGCCUCCCGUUCUCGACUGCGGCUUUCCAAACCGCUCCAGCCCAGUUCUCCCGCCUAUGGCCACUGACCCGGAUUCGGGCUUCAUGAGUGGGGGCAUGGACGAUCUCCUAGAUGAGGAUAUUGGUACGCCGCUGGAGGACUGCACAAGGUCCAAUGAUGCAACUCGAGGCAAACGAAGUGUGCGUCCUGCUGUGCCAGCGAGCUCACCUGUUGGGCCCAUGACCCAUGAUACUUAUCCCGCCAGCGAUGCCCUGCCGGAUCAAACUGCUAAGGACAAGGUAUCUGCCAUUCCUCGUGCCCCAGCUAGUGCUGCGGGGUCGCGGCCAUCGUCUCGUGCCGGUAUCAGACAAACUCCUAAGCCUCUUGCGCCCGCUCCCAUGUCGCAAAGCGAACUCGAGCAGCUGAUGAGUGCUAUCCCGGCAAGUGAUCCGGUAAUGCCUACCCACAUGCAUGUGCCCAACACGCAAUCCUGGAAUGGUCCGAUGAGUGACUUUUCAGUCGCGGAAACGCCCGCCCCUCCACCCCCUACUGAGGACGGCAAGGUUCGCAGUGGCGCUGGUGCGAGACGAGUGCGACAGGUUCAGGCACGUCUUGCCCAGUGCAUUCGGGACGGACAGGCUCCUCCUUAUUGUGAAAAUUGCGGUUCGAUUGAGACCCCUACCUGGCGUAGGGCAUGGUCCAAGGAGAUCGAUGGUACUGAAGAAGAGGCCAUUGACCUUGUCAAAGAUUCUGCUAUGUUGUUCUGGCAAGCCGUGGAUCGCGAUGAUCAAGAAAAGGUCACCAAAUUCAAGAUCUACAAGAAGAGCCUCGUGGAUACCGAUAAGGACUUUGUUCAAGUCCUACUCUGCAAUCCCUGUGGUCUUUGGCUUCACAAGUUCAAGUGCAUGCGGCCAGAAAACAAGUGGAACAACAAGUCCGGCAACAACAAGAGAAAGCGCCCUCCCAGGAACCGCAAGGGCGGCGGUCCGCUGUCCGGUAACCCUCCAUCGGCGAGGAACCGCGUCAGAGCUGAAGCCGGAAAGCCAGAUGCCUCUUCGCCCGGCGUAUCUGAUGCAUCCUCACCUCCAGUGGACGACGGCACUACUCCCCGCGGUGAUAACGAGAACGAGAACAACGAGAACAACGAGAACGAGCCGAGCAGUGUGCAGGACAAUGAUGAUGUCCAGGAGCUGCCAGCCAAGCGACGCCGCGCAAACAGUCUGGAACCGCGCAAAUCGACCGAUACUGCGGGAAGCCGUUGGCACGAGAAUGAUCCGGUGGAAGCCCUCCGAGCAGCGAUCCAGUCCAGUCCAGCUAGAAAUCUUGAGCACCGCAAUGCUUCUGCUGCGGGUGAGAAUGCUCUUACUCCUAAGUCUGUGAGAAGAGUGCUUUUUCCUAAUUCGCACAAUGAGGGCGGGCCUUUGCGAGCUUUAGGUGACUCCACCUUGAACAGCCCCCGGCGGAGCCCUCGUGUCACUAGCGGAUCGGACAAGCGAUCUGACGACAAGGAAAACCAGACCUCUGCUAACCUGGACGACCUCUUCGAGAGUCCCGAAUUUGACUUUGACCUGCCUACCAGUCCCACUCCUCGGCGUCGCAACCCCCGCGCCAGCGUUCUGGGCGAGAAGCGGCACUCCCUUCCCGGCGAUUCGCCUUCGCGGACGCGGAAGGGACUUGGCAGCGACGCGACGCCCACCAGGGUCACCGCGCAAAGACUUCAGCGGAUCCAGAGCAGCCCGGGGCCGGCAUCGCGGCACAGCAGAACGCCCAAGCAGUCACGCACGCAGGGCCUUGGGCUUCCCGCUUUGGCAGAUGAUGCCUUCAGCACGGACGCGUUUAACGGGAUAGACAACAUGAUCGUGGAUAUCUUCUCGGACGCACCUUCUGCCAAUGCUGACGCGCUUUUCGCACUUGAUGCGAACAAGGGCAAUUGGCCUGACUGGAUCCCUUCGGACUAUGUGUCUCCCACGGGAACAGACGGCGAGCCAGCUGGUGAAGACUCCCAGGAUCUCAUCAAUGCGCUGCUGUCUGAUCCAGACCUCCAAAAGAACCCCCAAUUCGAUAUUUUCAACUACGUUGACAACAACGUCCUGGACUCUGGCUUCUUCAGUUCCGACGCACUCAACGCCGACAGCUUGGCCCUGGGCGUGAAAGAGAAGGCGUCUGAAGAAGCAGCCAAGGACAAGGAACCCCAGACUACCAAUGAUGCUUAA